AUGUCUAGUUCAUUUUUUGCACAAAUUGCUACCCUUCCACUUGAACUUGAUGAAAAAACAAGACUUCGCAAGUAUUUCACAGAUCACGAUGAAACUAAAGCAAACCAAAUUCUUUUCUCAAUCACAAUUAAAAACGAGAAGGUUGCCUAUUUGAGAACUUUUUUGGAGCAUGGUUGGACGGAUGAAGAUAGGACGCCCUCACUCUGGUUAACACCUACUGACUCAACUCCGAAUCCAACUCUCUCGAUUACUGGAUAUAUUGACCAAGGAUUUAUUGUGAAAGAUUAUGCAUUUCUACUCAACCGAUGGUAUCAUAUAGCGUACACACUUUCAGAACCUGAAAAACGAAUGAAUUUCUAUAUAGAUGGUAAAUGGAUCGGAUCUUACAGUAUCACAAAUGUUCAGAGUCAAUCUAUCAUAUUUAAUGAUGGUCCAUUAUACAUUGGAAAGCAUCUCACUAGGAGUGGAUUUACUGGACAAAUUAAGUAA